AUGAGCGACGGACAGUCUUGUCAAGGCCAAGGGUGCUCGAAACCUGCCAAACUACAAUGCCCCACAUGUUUGAAGUCACAAGUUAACUCUUACUUUUGUUCACAGGAGUGUUUUACGAAGAAUUGGCCCACACAUAAACUUUUACAUAAAUCGGCCAUCAAAACCUAUACCCCGGCAUUUCCAUAUACAGGUACUUUACGUGCCGUAUAUCCUCUCUCCCCUCGACGAAAAGUUCCUGCGCACAUCGCGAGGCCCGACUAUGCUGACGAUCCGAAAGGUAAAUCAAGAUCCGAGCAGAUUGGCCGUUCAAACCUCCCAGUCCUAAACGAUGAAGAGAUUGCGGCAAUGCGAAAAGUGUGCGCGCUUGCACGUGAAGUCUUGGACAUCGGCGCGGCUUCAAUUAAACCUGGAAUUACAACCGACGAGAUCGAUCGAAUUAUACACGAUGCAACCAUUGAACGUGAUUCCUAUCCAUCACCUUUAAAUUAUUAUGAAUUUCCGAAAUCAGUAUUACUGGGAAACAUGAAUACGCUCACUGUUAUUGUAAACCAAAUUUCAAUGCUACCGGUUGACAAUGCCUUGAUAAUUCUGUUAGUAAUCUGCCACGGCAUUCCUGACCAGCGGGAGCUACAAGAUGGUGAUAUUAUCAACUUAGAUGUAACUUUGUACCAUGGUGGAUUUCACGGGGAUCUGAAUGAGACCUAUGUCGUUGGAAAUGUGGAUGAAGAAAGUCUGAAGCUUAUAAAAACUGCGAGAGAAUGUUUGAACAAAGCCAUUGAAUGCGUGAAACCAGGAUAUCUAUAUCGGGAUCUUGGCGCGGUUAUCGAAAAGCAUGCUAAGGCUAAUAAUUGUUCCGUUGUUCGAACUUAUUGUGGUCACGGUAUUCAUAGGAUGUUCCAUUGUGCACCGAACGUACCCCAUUAUACAAAGAACAAAGCAACUGGUAAGAUGAAGCCUGGGCAUGUCUUUACAAUCGAACCAAUGAUAAACCUCGGCACGUGGCGCGAUCAGCAUUGGACCGAUAAUUGGACUGCUGUUACGGCGGAUGGCAAGCGAAGCGCACAAUUUGAGCACACCUUACUAGUUACCGAGACUGGUGUCGAAGUUUUAACAGCGGGAGCCGGUGAAAAGCGAUUUUACCCCGAACAAUGA